GUCCCCUUUGGCUUUGUUAUCCGCAACUUUCUUUCCAUCUGGUCUGCAACUCUUAGCCUCAAAGUAAUCGCUCUCGAUCAUCUGGAUCAAGUUUUGAUGAAUACCAAUAUUCAGACCAGACCUCCUCAAGGUGGACAACCUCCAAUGGAGGCAGGUGAUGAUUGGAGGACCCAAUUACAGUCAGAGUCACGACACAGAAUUGUCGCAAAGAUAAUUGAAACGAUGAAAAGGCACAUUCCCUUUGAUGGUCCGGAGGGAUUACGUGAAAUCGAGAGGAUUGCUGUAACGUUUGAGGAAAAUAUGUAUGUUGGUGCCUCAAGUCAGUCGGAUUAUUUACGGAAAAUUUCUCUCAAGAUGCUCACCAUGGAGACCAAAUCUCAGACCGCAGUCUCCCACGCAUCUCUUGAUCCAGUUUUGAUGGAUACCAAUAUUCAGACCAGACCUCCUCAAGGUGGAGAACCUCCAAUGGAGGCAGGUGUUGAUUGGAGGAGCCAAUUACAGUCAGAGUCACGACACAGAAUUGUCGCCAAGAUAAUUGAAACGAUGGUGAGGCACAUUCCCUUUGAUGGUCCGGAGGGAUUACGUGAACUCGAGAGGAUUGCUGUAACAUUUGAGGAAGAGAUAUAUGUUUCUGCCUCAAGUCAGACAGAUUAUUUACGGAAAAUUUCUAUCAAGAUGUUCACCAUAGAGACCAAAUCUCAGGUUGCAGUCUCCCACGUAAGUCUUGAUCCAGUUUUGAUGGAUGGCAAUUAUCAGAGACCCCUUGAAGGUGGAGAGCCUUCAAUGGAGACAGGUGAUUGGAGAAGCCAAUUGCAGCUAGAUUCACGACGCAGAAUUGUUGCCAAGAUAAUGGAAACAUUAAAGAGGCACCUUCCUUUCAGUGGGGAGGAGGGAUUACGUGAACUCGAGAAGAUUGCUGCAAGGUUUGAGGAAAAGAUAUAUGUUGCUGCCUCAAGCCAGUCGGAUUAUCUUCAGAAAAUUUCUAUGAAGAUGCUCACCAUGGAAAACAAGCCUCAAGGUGGAGAAACUUCAAUGGUCACAAGCAAUUGGAGGAGCCAAUUACAGCCAGAUUCACGACACAGAAUUAUUGCCAAGAUAACGGAAGUGUUGAAGAGGUUCCUUCCCUUUAAUGGUGAGGAGGGACUACGUGAACUCGAGAGGAUUGCUGUAAGGUUUGAGGAAAAAAUCUAUACUGUUGCCCUCGGCCAGUCGGAUUAUCUACGGAAAAUUUCUCUCAAGAUGCUCGCCAUGGAGAACAAGUCUCAGACCGCAGCGUCCGCAACACCCCCCUUGAACCUGAAACGGCGUCGUGUCUGUGCCUGACUUCCGUAGGUACCCAUUUUUAAAAAAAUGGUCCCCUAGAAAAUGCAACUAUGUAUGCAAUAAAUGAAUAAAACUUCACAUUUCAGAGUUUCAGAAACCUUCAAUAUUUGAUGCCUUUAAGUACGGAGACUUCGAUAUAUACAAAUCGAUGCCUAAUUCAUCAAGGAACAUCGUAUUUUUAUUUCCCCGAUGUCUAUUUACUGUAGUCUAAAAUCAAAUUUUUGGUGAUGUCUUAAUGCCUUUUUAUUG